GGCACCAUGAACGUUUUCCGCAUCCUGGGGGAUGUCUCCCACUUGCUGGCCAUCAUCAUCCUCCUGCUGAUGAUCCAGAAGACCAAGUCCUGUGCUGGUAUCUCUGGGAAGAGUCAGAUUCUUUUCGCCCUCGUCUUCACAACCCGCUAUCUGGACCUGUUCACCACCUUCAUCUCUGUCUAUAACACCGUGAUGAAGGUCAUUUUUUUGAUAUGUGCCUAUGUCACCGUGUACAUGAUCUACGUGAAAUUCCGGAAAACGUUUGACAGCGAGAAUGACUCCUUUCGCCUUGAGUUCCUGCUGGUCCCUGUCACAGGCCUGUCGUUCCUGGAGAACCACAGUUUCACCGCCUUGGAGAUACUCUGGACCUUCUCUAUCUACCUGGAGUCCGUGGCUAUCCUUCCUCAGCUCUUCAUGAUCAGCAAGACGGGGGAGGCAGAGACCAUCACGACACACUACCUUUUCUUCCUGGGCCUCUACCGCGCUCUCUACAUUGCCAACUGGGUCUGGCGCUACUACACGGAGAAUUUCUAUGACCAGAUCGCUGUAGUUUCCGGGGUGGUACAAACCAUCUUCUACUGCGACUUCUUCUAUCUCUAUGUUACAAAAGUCCUAAAAGGAAAGAAGCUAAGUCUUCCCAUGCCCGUUUGAAGACCUUCCCACAGACGAGGCAAGAAAUCCCAAAGAUGAAGCUCUUAAGAUCACAGCUUCCCUUUCCUGGCCCUUUUUCACCAACGGAUGGCUCAGCCGAGUUUCACUCCAGUGCCAGGAAGACAGUGAGGCCUGGAAAGCUGGUGUGCUUGUCAUCUGUAUGACACUUUCCCU